AUGGCGAAACCUAUGUCUGCGCACAAUCCAUUUCGGACACCGAACCUCACUCCGAUGCCCACAGGUGCCUCCACCGCCUCCAGCUCCGCCAACCCAUUCAACAGUCCCCCGCACUCCCCACCAUCGAAAAACACACCUCUAGCCCAACCACCACCUCCUCAUACAUCCUUCGCACCCGAAUUCGAACCCAUCGUCGAACGCGAAACCGACUCCCCAUCGCCUCCUGCAUCACCGGCCCCUCCGCCGCCGCCACAAUCCCCUAGCCCACCUCCUCCCGAGCCCGUCCCUCCAGAAAUAACAAUAAACAACACCGGGAGCACAACGCUAUACGCACCUCCACCUGGAUCACCUCCACGGACCCAUUCCCCUUCUCCCUAUCUCUCCCAACUCGACCCGCCACCUCCGUCCGGGUCUCGAGGACCCUCAUCAUCUCCAUCGCACUUCGCACCCCCGUCGGGCCCACCCCCAUCAGACACCCACUCCAAUUUGCCCCCGAAUCUGGAUGAGGGUGGGAGUGGUGGGCUGGACGAAGAGCUGCCGCCUGCGUAUAGCGCCGCUCCGGAUCCGAGUAUCGGCGAGACGACGGUGGAGUUGGGUCCGCGGAGGCCGUUUCAGAGGGCUCCGGAGUUGCCUGGACAGGGUGUUGGCUGGCAACCCCAAAUCCAACCCCGACGCACUCCCCAACCCCAAUCCCAUUCCCAACGACUCGCCCACCAACCCACAGGCUCCCUCUCCUCCUCCGGACGCAUCGCACCGCCCUCGCACCCCCUCCGUUCCGACUCGAACAUCCCGCUCGCGCUCUUGAACUCCUCUUCCUCCUCCUCCGCAGCGGGCGGUGGCAGGAGCAACAACAAUAGCCUCGCACCACCGACCCUCCCCGCCCGUCAACGCUCCCACUCCGCCGGCGCCGGUUCGCGACCGACGAGACCGCCAAUCUCACCCCCAGAGGGCGAGUUGUCGGAGUUCGCGAGGGAGUUUUAUGCGGCGGGGGGACGCAUCCCUGGAUCUGAGCCUGAGGUUGAGGGUGAGGGUGGAGCUGGGGACGAGAAUGCUGAGCGACGCGGUAGGACUGGAGCAGGAACAGGAGGAGGAGGAGGAGAAGGGGCUGAUAUUGGUCGGUCAAGGACGCAGUAUUUACCCCCGCCGGGCGAACCGCCUCUUCCGAGGAGACCGACAUCGGCGGGUGGAGGGCGUUCUGGUUCUGGUUCUGGAAGUACUCGAGGAGGAGCAGGAGGGAGUGGAGGUGUUGCGGACGAUGGGAAGCCGACGAGGCAGCCUGUGCCGGGGCAUCCGUUGUUGAAUGCAGGGAAUAUAUUGGUUUAUCCGGCGGGGUAUGAGUGUCGGAAAUGUCAUAACAUAGGAUAUAAAGCCGCCGAUCCAAAUAAUCCGUGCAGGAAAUGCUGGGAUAAGUUCGGGAAGCCGUUCACGAACGCGAUGAAUUAUAUACCUUGGUCCCCCGCCCGCGACGCCCAAGCCUGGUCCACCAACUCCAGCUCCGGCAAAUCCUUCCAACGCCCCCUCCCCUCCUCACGUGCUCCCCACCUCAGCGUCAGCACCUCCAACCUCUCCUCCGGCGGCUCUUCCUCCCCGCGACCCUCCGCAUCCACGUCCAGCACCUAUCUCGGCUCUUCCACAGUCAGCUCGAUCCCAGUGAAUGAAAACGCCCACCGCCGCGCUAUCUCCAACCCUGUCUCCCAACACGGAUCUUAUAAUAGUCGCACACGCCCUGCACAACCCCUCGUCCAGCUCCCCUCCUCGCUCUCCCCUCCCCCGCUCAACCGCGCCACCUCCGGAGCCCUCCGACCCCGUCUCGUCGCAGCGGGCGCGAGGCCCCCGCCGGGUGCGGUGGUGUACCAGCCUGGGGAUCCGAGGUUGGGGGGCAGUUUGUGUUGGAGGUGUGAUGGGAGGGGGGUCACUACGUUUUUCAUUUUUGAUGAGGGACGGUGUGAGGCUUGUAAUGGGCUUGGGAGGAUUUUCUGAGGAGAGUGGGACGAAGGAGGGUGCAUAAGUUAUGAGGGAGAGGGGAGAUUUUUAGGAGGAGGUUGGGAUUCCGUUUUUGCUUAUGUUUCUUCCUAGACGGGAUACUUUCGUUACGCUGUAGUCUGUAGAUGUUCAACUUUGACGGAUCACGUUAUGUUCAACGUUCUGCUUUCGAUUUGUUUACG